UCAGGGGACUGCCAUUUUCCAGUGUUCCAUUUGCAAGAACUUCAUUGCAGUGUGGUGACCUGCUACUCUUCAGCUGCAUCAGCAGCAGCAGCAUUGCCCCCAUACUUCCCUAAAUUGCUCGUAGCGGCCCUCAUUGCUAGGUUUUCCUAGAGCUCGGACUGUGCGCAGCAGCACGGAGACAAUGAAAAUGAGUUACGCAAUGUCCACUUGAGGGCUCUCUGAGAGUGCGUGCGUGCGUGCUUGUGUGUGUGUGUGUCUGCCUGCAUUGCGUUUUCAUUGGUCAUGAAGGCAGGAGAGCUACUACUGAGACGAAGAGUGGCAGCUGGUGCCCUGCGGAGCAGUGAAAGGUGUGGAGCUGUUCUUGUUUAGGAGCGGGUCUCCGGCGAGGCGACUUCUUGCUUGGCCGGGGACCACGUCUUCGACCAGUCCAGCGGGAUCUUGGCAAGCAGCUUCCUGUGUUUGUUUUGUUACUUCAUUCUCUGAAAAUGCUGACAUUUUCCAUCACGAUCCCUACCUGAGUAAAUGUACAACAAUAUUUCAAGGCAAGAGACCGUUCUCUGACUAAAGGCGCUUUCACGAAUUUCAAUUGGAGAAUCUGUCAAGGACGGUUAUUCGGGCAGCUUCUACUCUCGGGGAACACUGAAAAAAGACACUGAGCUUUGUCAUUUUACUUUCAGCAUGUCCAGGAGGGACGAGGACGACGUGGAUAGAGAUAGCGUCCCGAAACAGAGACAGCUAGAAGACAAUGAGCAGCACUUCUUGACCGAUUUCCCGUCGGAGGGUUCUAAGUUACAAUGUGUCGAGCUUGAACAAAUCAAAUCUCCCAGACAGAUUAAGAACAUGGAGGCGCCAAAGAAUAAAAAGGAGGAGCCUCCAAGUGUUCCAUACUACAAGCUGUACUCCUUUGCAGAUUCUUACGAUGUAUUUCUCAUCUUUCUUGGGACCCUAGGUGCGUGCGUGCACGGUGUUGCCAUUCCAGUGUUCUUCAUUUUCUUUGGCAGACUCAUCAAUGCCUUUGGAGAGUACGCCGAUGACCCCGAAACCAUGAGUACAGAAGUUUCUAAGAACGCUCUGUACUUUCUUUUCCUAGCGAUUGUGGUCCUCAUAGCAGCUUGGCUUGAGGUCGCGUGCUGGAUGCAUACUGGAGAGCGCCAGUCCGCAAGAAUGAGGGUGGCAUAUCUCAAGGCUAUGCUUGCCCAAGAUGUGGGGUUUUUCGACACUGAUGCCACCACGGGGGAAACUGUCAGUCGGAUUUCCAGCGACACGUUGUUGGUGCAAGAUGCAAUUAGUGAGAAGGCAGGUAAUUAUGUGCACUAUAUGGCCAGGUUUAUUUCGGGAUUUGCAGUGGGCUUCACGUCAGUGUGGCAGCUUACACUUGUCACUGUUGCUGUGGUGCCUCUAAUUGCGAUCGCUGGAGGUUCCUACGCUGUUGUUAUGAUUGGAUUGACAAGCCGAAGUCAGAAGGCAUACUCUAAAGCUGGAGAAAUUGCCGAGGAGGCCAUUUCUCAAAUUCGUACGGUGUACUCAUUUGUGGGCGAGAAGAAGGCUGUUAAGAAGUAUUCAAAUGCCUUAGAAACAACCCUACAACUUGGGAAAAAGGGGGGCCUUGCCAAGGGGUUGGGCGUCGGAUGCACGUAUGGGCUGCUUUUUGGAGCAUGGGCUUUACUUCUCUGGUAUGCUCACAUACUUGUGCUCCAUAACGUAACCAACGGCGGGGAAGCCUUCACGACCAUUCUGAAUGUUAUCAUAAGUGGAAUUGCCUUGGGUCAAGCAGCGCCAAAUUUGACGACAUUUGGAAAAGGGAAAGCAGCAGGAUACAAUAUACUGUCAAUGAUUGCAAAGAAACCCCUUGUAAAUCGAAACAGGGACGGAUCAAUCCUUUGCCAAGUUCGAGGGCAGAUUCAGUUAAAAAAUGUGGCUUUCAGUUACCCUUCAAGACCUGACGUUCAAAUCUUCCAAAACUUGUGUCUCACCAUCCCGGCUGGGAAGUCUGCAGCUUUGGUUGGUGGAUCAGGAUCGGGAAAGAGUACCGUCAUUGCUCUUAUCGAACGGUUUUAUGAUCCAUCUUCAGGUGAGGUCCUGCUGGAUGGUUUUAAUAUCAAGAAUUUAGAGCUACAAUGGCUCCGUGAGCAGAUUGGUUUGGUUAAUCAAGAGCCUGCCCUUUUUGCUACCAGCAUUUUAGAGAACAUUUUGUACGGUAAAGACGGGGCCACAAUCCAAGAAAUUCAAGAUGCUGCUAAGGCGGCCAAUGCCCAUGCCUUCAUUGAUAGUCUGCCAAACGGUUACGACACCCAGGUUGGAGAGAAAGGAGUUCAGUUAUCCGGCGGACAAAAACAGCGAGUUGCGAUAGCUCGUGCCAUGCUUAAAAAUCCGAGCAUUCUACUUCUUGAUGAAGCGACGAGUGCUCUUGAUUCCGGAUCUGAGUCGAUUGUUCAAGAAGCGCUCGACCGGCUCAUGCUUGGACGUACGACAGUUGUUGUUGCACACAGAUUAUCGACAAUAAAGAACGCUGACAUGAUUGCUGUGCUUCAGCAAGGUGUGGUGGUAGAGACAGGCACUCAUGGAGAAUUGCUUUCACAAGAUGGAGCAUAUGCGCAACUUGUGAAAAUGCAAGAAGCAACUGGACAAAGCAAGAUGCCUGAAGCAUCGUCAGACCAGGACCAGGUCGAAACAGCAAGAAUUUCAACGCAGAGGAGGCAUUCGAGGGGCAGUUCUCUCUCACAACGGCUGAGUCAACGUUGGAGUCUGCGACUUAGUGAUAGUUUCCGACUGGGAGGUAGCUUUCGUCAAGUCACUGAUCCUGAAACCGAGUCUUGGCUUGGUGAGGAUAACGAGGCUUCUCUUGUUCUUCCGAAGCCUCACCCAGCUCCAUCUAUGUGGAGGUUAUUGAAAAUAAAUGCCCCAGAAUGGCCAUAUGCCGUUCUUGGGUCACUUGGUGCCAUAAUGACUGGGUGCGAGACUCCUCUGUUCGCUCUGGCUAUCAGUGAGAUGCUUGUCACAUUCUAUAAUCCUGACCGUGAUUAUGUCGAGCAUGAGGUCCGGAAAAUUUGCCUCAUCUUCUCUGCUGCAACUGUCGGAACUGUCGUUAUCUACGUAUUGCAGCAUUACUACUAUGGAUUGAUGGGAGAGAUCCUAACCAUGCGUGUGCGGAAGAUGUUAUUUUCAUCUAUUCUUACUCAGGAGGUGGGCUGGUUUGACGAGGAAAGUAAUAACAGUAACUUGGUGUCUGCACGCCUUUCUUCUGAUGCUACCUUAGUGAAGGCAGCUGUUGGAGACAGAAUGUCCACCAUCGUGCAGAAUUUUUCCCUCGUGGUUACAGCGUUCUGCAUUUCUUUCUAUCUUCAGUGGAAAGUGGCUGGAGUUGUCUUGCUAACUUUCCCUCUACUCGUUGGUGCAGCUGUUGGUGAGCAACUAUUUUUGAAAGGUUUUGGAGGUGAUCUUGGUAAAGCUUAUGGAAGAGCUAGUAUGGUGGCGGGAGAAGCAGUUGGGAACAUCCGUACAGUAGCGGCGUUCUGUGCAGAGGACAAAGUUUUGGACCUUUUCAUUCGCGAGCUUGACGAACCCAGGAAGCGAACAUUUCUUAGGGGCCAGCUAUCAGGCAUUGGCUACGGCUUGUCUCAGUUUUUUUUGUAUUCUUCAUACGGCUUGGCCUUGUGGUACUCGUCGGUGCUGGUCAAAUCUAGCAAGGCUCACUUUAGUGAAGUGUUGAAGGUCUUCAUGGUGCUGAUUAUCACUGCGUUUGGUGUUGCUGAGACCCUUGCAUUGGCACCUGAUAUAGUGAAGGGCUCUGCUGCUCUUGCCUCGGUUUUCGAGAUUUUAGACCGCAAAACAGCUAUAGAUCCCGACAGUCCCUUAGGAGAGGAAGUGACGAGAGUUCAGGGGGAGAUAGAACUAAAGCAUGUCAGCUUCGCCUAUCCACAACGACCUGACAUUCACAUUUUCACCAAUUUCGACUUGAAAGUUAAGAAGGGUAGGAGUUUGGCACUCGUGGGACAGAGCGGAUCAGGCAAGAGCUCGGUGAUUGCUUUGAUCCAGAGGUUUUAUGAUCCUCUCAGUGGAGCAGUCUUUGUAGAUGGCAUUGACAUACGAAAGAUGCGACUGAAAUCACUUCGUCGACACAUCGGACUUGUCUCUCAGGAGCCUUCUUUAUUUGCCUGUUCAAUCUAUGAGAACAUUCUUUAUGGUAAAGAGGGAGCGUCCGAGAGUGAGGUCAUUGAAGCAGCAAAAACUGCGAACGCACACAGCUUCAUAUCUGGGCUACCAAACGGAUACCAGACAGAGGUUGGUGAAAGGGGAAUGCAAUUGUCUGGUGGUCAAAAGCAGCGUGUGGCCAUUGCUCGAGCUGUCCUAAAGGAUCCCUCUAUUCUGCUUCUUGAUGAAGCCACAAGUGCUUUGGAUUCUCAAUCUGAGAAAUUAGUUCAGGAGGCCCUCGACAGAAUGAUGUAUCGGCGGACAACUGUGGUUAUUGCUCAUAGGCUUUCAACUAUUCGCAACGUGAACGCAAUAGCUGUCAUCAAAGCUGGUAAAGUCGUUGAGCAAGGCACUCAUUCGGCAUUGAUGGCAAAUGCCGAUGGAGCCUACACACAGCUUGUAAAAUUACAGCACCGGCAGACUGGUUCGGAUGCUACCGUCAACCUAUCAUAAGGAGUAAUCCAGUUGCUUGGAUUCCCGAUCAUAAGCAAAGGAUUCAACUUCUAUUGAUGUAGAAGUGCUGGUUUUGACGUGGUGGGGAAGUAGUGAUUCUCCCACUCAACCGCUGUGGUUAAGGCGAAUAAGUGAGCCAAGCACUGAUGCCCCAUAUCAUUCACCAGGUUUGAUACAGAUACCAUGGGCCGUAUUUGAGUAUACAAAGGAAUGUACACUUCAUAAGCCGGGUGCUCUGAAAUGACUAAAUGGUCAAUUACAGGCUUAGAAUACUUGUAGGCAUUCUAAUUCGAUCGGAGGUGACCAGGAGGUCAAUUUCAGACUUUCGAUUCACUGGAUCACACUUGGUUACAUAUUAUUCUUGUUGUAAAUUGUAAGAAUAGGAGUAGAGGGAAUUUCCUUGAAAGUAAGGCCCUAUUGGCCUGUCACAGCGGUUGGAAGGGUGUCUUCAGAAAUUGUUAAGCAAUAAGUGGGUUCCACUGGAAGAAAUUCCCCUUACUCCUUUUUAAUGAAUUUGAGGCGAAUGCCUUCGCUGACAUUGUUGUGGGAAAAUUUUCCUUUCGAUACGGA